AUGUUCAUACUGUAUGUAUAUAGGAGUUGGUGUCAGUUGUACCUCCAUGGACAUGCGGACACACAAAACUCACAGUUCUUGACACCAAGACAACUAUUUACAAGAGAACACGAACAAUUGUUAUCUGAUGGAGAAAAAUGGAUGAAAGAGACAGCGACCUCAUGUACUGUUGUUGGUGCACUCAUUGUUGCAAUCAUGUUUGCUGCAACAUUCACUGUUCCCGGUUGGAAUGAUGAAAGAACUGGUUACCCAAAGUUUCUUGACAAAAUAUUUAUGCUCUUCAUCAUAUCAGAUGCAAUCUCACUUUUCUCUUCUACUACUUCAGUUUUGAUGUUCCUGGGAAUCCUCACUUCAACAUAUGCUGAAGAUGAUUUCCUCAAAUCUUUGCCUAAGAAGCUUGUGAUUGGUCUUGGCAUACUUUUCCUCUCCAUUGCUGCGAUGAUGAUAUAUUUUUGUGCUGCUGUUUCCGUGAUGCUUGAUGAGAAGAAAUCUUGGAUUGGGUUUUUUAUAAUUUCUCAAGCUAGUAUUCCAGUUUUUCUUUUUCUUUAUUUGUAUUUUCCUCUUCUCGUUGAAAUUUACUUUUCUAUUUAUCGAUCUCGUAUUUUUGAGAGGAAAGUCAAAAUUUGGCUGUAG